CCUGUUUCCGCCGUCGUCCUGCAGUGGUCGUCGCAGAAGUUGAAGCUGAAAGGCCCGUUGCUUUUUUAGCCGCCUCCCAGCUCGUCCUCUUCUGUAUCGUAGUAAAGUUGUUUCCUCGGCCACCUGUUCUCACGUUGGUCUUUUGGUUGGACGGGGUCCUCCAUGUGGAUUGAUUUGUUGUUUACCUGUUUUGUCGCCAAGGACCUGGCAAUCAGCACGUAACCCUGGACGUGACUUCCUCUUGUUUCUUGUCUGAAAGUGGAACGGGUUUGCCAUCAUGUCCUCUUUUAAACUGGAUUUUCUCCCUGAGAUGAUGGUGGAUCAUUGCUCUUUGAAUUCUAGUCCUGUCGGCAAGAAAAUGAACGGGUCUCUGGACCACCCCGACCAACCAGAUGUGGACGCCAUCAAGAUGUUCGUGGGCCAGAUUCCACGUUCUUGGUCCGAGGAGCAGCUACGCGAGCUCUUCGAGCCUUUCGGCGCCGUCUACGAGAUCAACGUUCUGAGGGACCGCAGCCAGAACCCGCCACAGAGCAAAGGAUGCUGUUUCAUCACAUACUACACCCGCAAGUCUGCCUUGGAAGCACAGAACGCUCUUCACAACAUGAAGAUUCUUCCAGGGAUGCACCACCCGAUUCAGAUGAAACCGGCUGACAGCGAGAAAAACAACGCUGUGGAAGACAGGAAGUUGUUCAUUGGAAUGAUCUCCAAGAAGUGUAACGAGAACGACAUGCGCUUGAUGUUCUCGCCGUAUGGACAGAUUGAGGAGUGUCGGAUACUGCGAGGCCCUGAUGGACUCAGCCGAGGUUGUGCGUUUGUGACUUUCACAGCCAGACAGAUGGCCCAGUCCGCCAUCAAGUCCAUGCACCAGUCCCAGACCAUGGAGGGCUGCUCCUCGCCCGUCGUGGUCAAGUUUGCCGACACUCAGAAGGACAAAGAGCAAAAGCGCAUUACGAUGCAGCUGCAGCAGCAGAUGCAGCAACUCAGCGCCGCGUCCAUGUGGGGCAACCUCACCGGCCUUGGCAGUCUGGGGCCUCAGUACCUUGCACUUUACCUACAGCUGCUGCAGCAGUCCGCCUCCACAGGGAACACACUCAGCAACCUGCACCCCGUUUCAGGUCUUAACGCCAUGCAGAACCUUGCUGCCUUGGCAGCAGCAACUGCCACGCAGGCCUCAGCCACUGGCUCCAGUGCCAUGACAACAUCAAGUAGCCCACUAAGUGCUCUAACAAGCUCAGGCUCCUCCCCCACCUCCAGCAACACCUCCUCAGUCAACCCCAUCGCCUCUCUGGGAACGCUGCAGUCUCUGGCUGCCAGCACUGGAGCUGGUCUCAACAUGAGCUCUCUAGCAGCAGGCAUGGCGGCUCUGAAUGGCAGUCUGGGCUCUGCAGGGUUGUCUAACGGCUCAGGAAGUACCAUGGAGGCGCUGAGCCAGGCCUACUCUGGCAUCCAGCAGUACGCCGCCGCCGCUGCCCUGCCAAGCCUCUACAAUCAGAGCCUGCUGUCCCAACAGAGCGUCUCGGCCGCAGGAAGCCAAAAGGAAGGUCCAGAAGGUGCCAACUUGUUCAUUUACCAUCUUCCUCAAGAGUUUGGAGACCAGGACCUGCUGCAGAUGUUCAUGCCCUUUGGAAAUGUAAUCUCUGCCAAGGUCUUCAUUGACAAGCAGACCAACCUCAGCAAGUGUUUCGGUUUCGUGAGCUACGACAACCCGGUGUCGUCGCAGGCCGCCAUCCAGUCCAUGAACGGUUUCCAGAUCGGCAUGAAGCGGCUGAAGGUGCAGCUGAAGCGCUCCAAGAACGACAGCAAGCCGUACUGAAGCCAGGCGUAGUUAGGAUAGAAGCUUCUCUGGUAAGUGGAGUCAGAAACGUGCAUUAUGGGACAACCCCCUCACCCCGGCGCGUGCACAUGUGCGGCGUGCACAGCUGAGGCUACAGACUGGAUUCUUCCCGUGUUGUUGUGGUUCCUGCACUUUGUUUCCCGCGAUCACGGACGACAAACUGGCGUGUUUUCAUUGAACUUGUUUGCUGUGCUACCUUUCCACAUUUAUGACUUUGAUUGUUAAGACGUCUUGCACUUUGACAGUGUGGUGCCCCAAAUCUUCGUUUCCUUUUUUCUAAACUUUCACUUUCACGUCAGCCCCCCAGCGAACACAUAGACACACUUACCCUCGAGCACACUCAUUUUAUACUCGGUGUUACACCGGCUCACCUGAAGAGGGAGCUCCAUCACAGCAAAUGUCCUCCAUGUUUUCACAACAGAAGCCUCUAUUUAAACGCCUCAAAGCUGUCAAUCCUGCAAAUGCUCUACUUCAUCUUUUUCUUUAAAGUUCUCAAUUCAGUCUCACAUUCAGUCAAUCAUCGUACUUUCGUUUUAGUGACCCGGCUAGCGGAGACACUUCCACAAACGUCCCUCGGCGCGCUAGCAAGCAGGCUAUCGUCUUUCUCUGUUGACGUCACAUGACUCCACACCAAAACCUGCUAGUUGCUCUAAGGAAUCCAUUUUUUUCUGUGAGUUUUUUCGUGUCUUAGUUGGACGUGAGGCAGUGAGAUGUACAUUGAAGGCUCUGCCUCUUCUAUUUUUAUAAAAGGUUUUAUACUUCUCCUGUGUGCUGGGGAACUAUUUAUUGCCUAAAUUAUUUAUCUGGUGUAUUUUACGAACACAAAUGUGUCGAACAACUCAAAUGGAUUUCCCGGUGUGUGCGUGUAUGUUGCUGUGAUCCAGUCACGUUAACUGUCGCACACACUCAGCAGUCCAUCCUCUAAUGCUGAUGUGAGUCAUAUUAAUAGUUACUAUUAGUCACAUUAUUCUAUUAAAGUCAACUCCAUUCAACAAUUCUGUGUUGCAGUUGACCUUUUUAGUCUCUCCUUGUCACUCUUAGGUUUGAACCCUAAAAGAUUGAGUACAAUUGUCAUUGGCAGGGAAAGAGUUAAACAGGAGUCAUGUGAUUCUCAUUGGCCACCCAGGUGUGCCCAUUAGUAAGCCACACGCGGUCACGGUUAGGAAACAAGCGGGCGCCGCACGGGGAUGACAUUAUUUCUCGCUCUUUGGGCUUAAUAGCCGCGGUUUGUCUGCUGUGUUGUUCCUACAUCACUUCCUGUGCGGGACACGUCCUCACAUAUGUUUGGAGAGACAUUUUUAUUUUUUGUGCAACUAAAGCAAAAAUGGUUUUGCUACCAAAAAAUAUUUGGUAUAUUGAAAUAAUAACAAUAUAUACAUAACCAAAAAGUUUUUGGGUGCAAUUUAUAUAUUUAACAAAAACAUGUUUGGGUUACAAUUUUUUUUGUGGGAAAAACUUCCGUAAAAAAUAUUUUUGGGUUGCAAAUGUUGUUGUUUUUUAGCUGCAAAUAAUUUUUGGGGUUGCAAAUAUUUUUUGGGGGGUAAACAUAUUUU